AUGCCUCCAUCGAAAGUCCAAUCAGAAAAACAAACAUUCUUAAAGGAAUAUGGCGAUAGAUAUGGUUACAAUGGAAGAAUUGACCAGAUUAGAGAAGAGGAGUAUCCGCAAUUAAAAAAUGGUUUCUAUCUAGAUCAUGCAGGAACGACAACAUAUCCUCAAAGCACUCUUGUAAACCUUAAAGCUGAUCUCACCGAUAACCUCUAUGGCAACCCACACAGCAAGUCGCCAAGCUCCAUGCUGGCAACAAAAAAGGUCGAAGCAGUUCGCAAUCAAAUUCUCAACUACUUUGAUUGCACUCCCGGAGAUUAUCAAGUAGUGUUCACUCAAAAUGCGACUGCUGCAAUAAAACUGGUGGGAGAAAUCUUUCCAUGGCAGAGCGAAAGAAGCUGGUUUAAAUAUUUGAGAGAAAAUCAUACGAGCAUUAUUGGUUUGAGAGCACUUGCUAAGGAAGGUGGAGCUGAUAUCAGCGUGCUUUCCGAAGCAGAAGUCGAGUCCUUUAUUGGGACUCAUCGUCAGCUUAAAGAGCAAGAUGAUGGCGAGGUUAUCUAUAAUCUUUUUGCGUAUCCUGGUCAAUGUAACUUUUCAGGAAUGAAGUUCCCGAUAAACUGGGCACAACGCAUAAAAGAAAAUCAUAGUACAGAGACGUCAAAAGUAUUGGUUUUGUUAGACGCUGCAUCAUAUGUCACUUCAUCGCAGCUGUCUUUAAGAGAUACCAAAUCGUCACCUGAUUUCGUAAAUUUAAGCUUUUACAAAUUGUUUGGAUAUCCAACUGGGCUUGGUGCUUUACUGGUAAAGACUGAACUUACGCCGAUUUUGAAAAAGCGGUAUUUCGGAGGUGGGACAAUUUCGGGACUUCUCUACGAUGCAGAUUAUGCUCAAUUUUGGCCAUCUCUCUCAGAAACUUAUGAAGAUGGAACCAUAAACUUUUUAAAUAUUAUCGCACUUUCUCAUGCGUUUGCUGCAUUCCACAAACUUUAUAAUUCGAUCAAUUACGUCAACAUGCACACAUCCACGCUUAUAUCCUAUCUUUAUUCGCAGCUGUCUGUGAUGAAGCAUUAUAACGGAGCGCCCAUUUGCGAAAUAUUUAGUUCUAGAGAUUUUCACAAUCCGAAAAUGCAAGGACCAAUCUUGAAUUUUAACUUUAAGAAGCCUGAUGGGUCAUGGGUAGGAUACGCAGAAGUAGAAAAGUUAGCAUGCGGCGAUAAUAUACACUUGAGAGUGGGAGGUUUUUGCAAUCCUGGUAGCGUUACCAAGUGGUUUAAUAUUACUCAGGACGAGAUGAUGAUGGCUUUCAAGUCAGGGAAAGUGUGUGGGGAUGAUCGAGAUAUUAUCAACAAGAAACCUACUGGAUCAAUCCGUGUCUCCUUAGGAGCAAUGACAACGAUUGAUGAUGUGUUAGCUUUCAUUAAUUUUGCAAAGGAACAUUUUAUUGAAGUAAAUCCACCUGUCAAUAUCGAGAAGCGCAAGUCAGGGUCGUUUGUUCGUCAAUCGUGGAAAGGAUUUACGGCUAAUCCCCAGUUCCAAAUUGUUCAACAAAUGUCAAUGUAUGGUCAAGAUUGGGUAUUGAUUGACGCAUCGUCAGGAACUACCUUGAAUCAAAGGCGCUUAAAAGGACAGAUUGAGUCUUCAGACAAAAGUCAAGAAAUGGCGAAAUUUUCGUCUUCGUCAGAAUUUUCGAAACUUUCGUCUUCGUCAGAAUCAUCCAAUCAUGGGGCUCUCGAACAAUAUGCCAAAGGAGUAACUUCUAGUAGAAAAUUAAAGACUCCGGUGGUGACAAAAAUUUGUUACUAUGGCAGCACCGAAAGCUUACCAGACUCUUAA